UAAUAAUUUCGGUUGUAGUACUAGUUCGGCGUCGUCAUUAUCCCAAUCGAAUAAGCCCGUCAACAAGCCACCGCAGUUGAAUAUCAAUUUGAUUAACCAACAGGAAAACAGCACCUCGAGCACGAAUGACACGACGAGGAGUAGCAGCUCCUUUAUGGAGCAGCACACCACGACCUCCAGUGGAGGUCUUACUUUCCCGGGCAGCAAUUUGACUACGCCCAGUAAUCAACCACACGGAGCUGGGAACAACUUUUGUAACGCAGCUGGUUCUACUUCGAGUGGCACGCCAUCGGGAUCGGGACAGGGAAUAAACACCUCCAACUCGUCGUCUUUGUUUGUGUCCAGUUUGAACAGUUUAAACAACUCCGUGGUACCGCGGACGAAGCAGAUUUUGGACCUUUUGCUGAAUAUAGGCGGUGGAUCUACCACUUCGGGAGGAAUAUCAAAUGGCGCUCCUGAGCGACCUAGCGGUUCAAUACCAGUACACGGGGCCGCGACCGGUUCGACUCCGAGUACUAUACCGGGGGGUAUGAUGGGCGGGGGUCAACAGCAAAAUCUUGAUCCGCUUCUAGUAGAACACCAAAAUGCUGCAAGCGGUGCAACGUCCUCGGGGAAUAACCACAGUGUUCCUGCUUUGACCCAGCUGAGUCAAGUGAACCAACAGAAUAUCAACCUGCAGAUGAUGCACAUGCUGAACCACAGCGGGGGUGGUGCACCUUGUUGUAAUCAUGCCAAUCUACCCAAUGGCUCUACCGGAGGCGUUCUUGGACAACAUUCGCAGCAGAAUCUUCAGCCGCAGAUGUUGAAUCAAGCGGGAGCAUCAAUCAAUUUCCUAGCGACCACUUCCGCGAGCGUGGUCGAGAACGCGCCACUUGAAGGAAUAAUGACUCAGCAAUCAGCCGCGCCGCAAGCGCAACAGGCAGCUGUAGUCCAGCAGCAGCAGCACCAGCAGCAGCAGCAGCAAGUACCACACCAGCAACCGACGCCUUCGCAGUUCGUGCAGUUUCAACAGCCACCGCAAUUCAUCACAACGCAGAAUCUUCAGCCACCAAUGGCCAACACGAGCGCCACCGUCGGGACGUUUGGGUCCUUUGAAAGUCUGGAGCAGAUUUGGUCACAGCUGAACGCGGCCAAUUUAGUCCCGCAGAAUAAUGGGGAUGGCGGUGCUGGUAUGACAAGUGCGCAACAGCAGCAGCAGCAGCAGCAGCAGCAAGGGCUGCAAAUGAAUUUGAACCAAAACAGUUCCAACUUGUCGCAACAUCAUCCUACACA